GUAAGUCUCUGUCUGAGACCUAUAUUACUAAAUUAUUAAAUUCGCUCACGAUCAUGAUGUAUGUAGACUAGGAAGCUCUGUGGAACAUCCAAAACUAGGUUGAAACUAGGAAUAUGAAGAGUAUCAUCGUGUAUUCGAAUGAAUGAAAGAUUGAAGUAGUAGCUGUACAAAUGACAAUGAACAUGAGAACAAGAAAGGAAUCAACUUUUGCAGAAUUGGUGUCAGUUGUGUCAGAUUGGUAUGAUGAACACAUACCCAUCAAUAUGCUGAAAGUAUUAUUCAGGGACCAUAUAGGCGAUACUUAUUCAUUACAUACUUCUUCUAAGACGAUAGAUUUAAUGAAUAUGCUGAAAACAUUUUGUUGGAGUCCAGCUGACCUUACUCUCCUCUAUGAUACUAUUAAGGCAACAAAACAAUUUGGUUUGGAACAUGAUAUUCAAAAUAAAAUGCCAUCAUUCCAAAUUGACAAAAAUAUCAGGGAUAAAGAAAUUACAGUAUUCACACUGCAUCGGCAAAGGCUUGUAAAGCUGGGGAUGUCGCUAACUCCAAGUGAUGUACAAAAGAUUAGUGAUCUGUAUAAGGUAAAACAUACAGAUAGAUGGAGUUUGAUCAUGGAUCUAGAACAUAACAUGGUCAUUUGUGAAGAAAACAUGGACACAUUCAUUGACAAGUUGAAGACACAUAAUCUACACCAAGCAGUGAAAUCUCUAACAGAAGACAUUCCAAAGCCAUCUUCAAACCCAGGACAAGCAAGUGACAUUCCGAACCCAUCUUCAAACCCAGGACUAGCAUGUGAUGUGAAAUUAAUUCUUAAGCGCAAAAGAGAGGACGAUCAACCACAUCCAGAAUAUGUUCUUGAUUUGUUGGAAGAACUUAAUGAAUGUAAAGACAUUCUUACUUUGAAGGAAAACCCAAAAGAUUUUGUUAAACUUAGGAGCAUCGUCUCCUUUUAUGAAGAUCUUGGUUUAGAUUUAAAGGAAAUUGGAGAAGAAUCUAUAGUAUUUCAUCUCUCAACACAUGAUCCUGAUCCUUUGAUGCAUCUAUGGGAGAUACAUUCUAGCGGGACGCUUAUCCAAGAUUUAGCAGAUAUAUUAGUCCCAGAGAUACAUCAACAGGAGUUCUUAGGUGAAUGGAUGACGUACAUCGAUGAAAAUCAAUACAAAGCUGCACUCGAUAAUCUGAAAGAAGAAGAAAUUUUUGAUAUUUCGGAAAUAAUUGAAACACUGCGGCAAUUUACCAAAGGUACAUAUUUAUUGUUACUUAAUACUUACACCAAGGAAUUUAAUUUGAUUUGAUUGAUAAGCUUGACGAUUUGAAAUACUACAGUUUUAGAGGCGGAUCUAGGUAGGGGUCAUGCAACAUGCAAAGCACUGAGCAGGUGCAUAGCUUUUUUUCACACUUGCAGAUACCUCUUCUUUAACGUUUGAAAUUGAUAUUCAUUACUGUACAUCAUUAUCACAAGAUGGUUUAAGAGUAUUGUAUUAAGAAUUAUUUCUGAAUAAAAGUAUCUUUUCGAAGAUCUUGCCUUGUUAAAUUUUGAUAAGAAGAGGGUGUAUCAUAUUGGUCUCUGGUAUUUUCCUUGCAAUGUGAACCAGUUUUGGUCAACUGUGCAUGCGCAAAAUGCUUUAAAUGAAUUUGAUUUCCCAACAAACCCUCAAUUGCCCAAAUG